CACAUACACAAAUAAAUUUUAAAAAAUAUAUAAGGCAGAGCGAUGGCUCAGUGGUUAAGAGCACUGACUGCUCUUCCAGAGGACUGGGAUUCAGUUUCCAACACCCACAUGUCAGCUCAAAACUCUGUAACUCCACUUCCAGGGGAUUCCCAUGCCCUAUUUUGGCCUCCAUAGGUUCUGCAUGCACAUGCUGCAGAGACAUGCAUGCAGGCAAAAAUACCUGUACACAUAAAAUACAAUGAAUAAAGUAUGAAAAAGAAAGAACAUGGAGGAUGAUUGAGGAAAGCACCUGAUGUUGAUCUCUGGUCUAUACACACACACACACACACUCACACACACACACACACACACACACACACACACCACCAUGUAUACAUGCACACACACAUAUACUACACACACACACACAACAAUAACAAGGUGAAUGACUCCUGAGGACAAACAGCCAGGGUGUCCUCAUGACUCCACCUGCACACACACCUGCACACACACCUGCACACACAUUAGGGAAUAAUAAAAUUCACACUGCUAAGACUCAACCUUCUCCCACCUUGGACUUGGGGUCUAUUUUCAUGAGGAACCCUCACUGUGUAGCAGCUACCCACUUUUCCCACUUUUCUGUGGAUGGGGAAGAAGCCGCUUUUGUGAGCACUUACUGUGUGCCAGGUGUUCCUGUGACCACCUCAUCCCUCCUCACCACUUGCUGUGAGAAGAUUUGCUCCUGUUCAUAGCUGACAACACCCAGGUGUUCCUGUGACCACCUCAUCCCUCCUCACCACUUGCUGUGAGAAGAUUUGCUCCUGUUCAUAGCUGACAACACCCAGGUGUUCCUGUGACCACCUCAUCCCUCCUCACCACUUGCUGUGAGAAGAUUUGCUCCUGUUCAUAGCUGACAACACCCAGGUGUUCCUGUGACCACCUCAUCCCUCCUCACCACUUGCUGUGAGAAGAUUUGCUCCUGUUCAUAGCUGACAACACCCAGGUGUUCCUGUGACCACCUCAUCCCUCCUCACCACUUGCUGUGAGAAGAUUUGCUCCUGUUCAUAGCUGACAACACCCAGGUGUUCCUGUGACCCACCUCAUCCCUCCUCACCACUUGCUGUGAGAAGAUUUGCUCCUGUUCAUAGCUGACAACACCCAGCAAGGGGAAGCGACCGACCUCCUGGCUAACUGUCUCUAUCCUCUUCCCAAGGCCUCACACUGCUUCCUCUGUUCCUUAGGGACAGGGACCCAUGCUGCUUUGGGAGCCCAGAAGACCUGGAGUACUUCUCGGCAGAGGAUCUUUGUAUCAUGCUCAUUCCUCUCCUGCCACUUGCCUGGUGCCCAGUCUUGCUGCUUUCAGGAGCCGCCAGCCUCCCUGGCUCAACCCUUGCUCACUCUGUGGCUAGAGUCCCCAACCUGAUUCCCUCCACCCUCCCUGACCCCCACUUCAUCACAGGGCCUGGGUUUCUCCUUGAAGACGUGAGCAUGCACAGUAGCCGGCUUUUCCAGAGUGCCUGAGUCUUUGCUCAACGUGGCUACUGGCCGAGCGUGGGCAGGAGGGGCCGGCUCCCCCGAUCUCACUCCCAAGCACACCAAGCAGUCACCUCUGAGAAGACAGGCUCUCUAGGAGGAACUGCAACCAGGCUACAGGCUUCUGGUUCCCGGGUGCCAGACUCAGCUCUCCUUUCUUCCACCUCACCAUGGCCAACAUCACACAGAAGCUGCUCUGUCCACUCUUGGAGGAGAUGAUCCAUCUUCCAAGCCACAGCAACUCUAGCAUCCGCUAUAUUGACCACGUGUCGGUGCUGCUGCAUGGGCUGGCUGCGUUGCUGGGUCUGGUGGAGAACGGACUCAUCCUGUUUGUGGUGGGCUGUCGCAUGCACCAGACGGUGGUCACCACCUGGGUGCUGCACCUGGCGCUAUCGGACUUGCUAGCCGCUGCCUCCCUGCCCUUCUUCACCUACUUUCUGGCGGUGGGCCACUCAUGGGAGCUGGGUACCACCUUUUGCAAGUUUCAUUCCUCGGUCUUCUUUCUCAACAUGUUUGCCAGCGGCUUCCUGCUCAGCGCCAUCAGCCUGGACCGCUGCCUGCAGGUGGUGCGGCCGGUGUGGGCACAGAACCACCGCACGGUGGCGGUCGCACACAGAAUCUGCCUGAUGCUCUGGGCUUUGGCAGUGCUAAACACAGUACCCUAUUUUGUGUUCAGGGACACCAUCCCGCGGCUGGACGGCCGCAUCAUGUGCUAUUACAACCUGCUGCUCUUGAACCCAGGACCAGACCGCGAGGCCAUAUGCAACUACCGCCAGAAGGCCCUGGCGGUCAGCAAGUUCUUGUUGGCCUUCGUGGUGCCUCUGGCCAUUAUUGCCUUGAGCCACGUUGCUGUGAGCCUGCAACUGCGCCACCGUGGCCGCCAGAGGACAGGCCGUUUCGUGCGUCUGGUGGCAGCCAUCGUGGCGGCCUUCGUGCUCUGCUGGGGGCCCUACCAUGUCUUCAGUUUGCUGGAGGCGCAUGCACAUGCUGUCACCACGCUAAGGCACCUUGCCUUACGUGGGCUGCCCUUUGUCACGAGCCUGGCUUUCUUUAACAGCGUGGUCAAUCCCCUGCUUUACGUGCUCACCUGUCCGGACAUGAUGCACAAGUUAAAGCGCUCACUGCGUGCGGUGUUUGAAAGCGUGUUGGUGGAGGACAGCGACUUGAGUGGUGGGCCUGGCAGCCGCCGCCGCCGUGCCUCCUCCACUGCUACCUCAACCUCCACCCUCCUGCUGGCUGGCCGCCGUCCCCAGUUGCAUCCUUCACGCUUGAUCCGCUGGAUGCGUGGUGGUGGUGGUACAGAGCCCCAGAAGAGGGCCCCAGUGCAGUCCCAGGAAAAGCGAGGCUCACUGAACCCCGCGCUGAGCUCCACCUCCGAUUAGACAAGCAUAGCUGGGAUGGCACACCAACACACCCCUGGCAUCUCGCCACACUGUUGAAAAUGUACAUAGCCAAUGCUAGGUGAACCGGCUUGUGGAAGUGCCCUAGGCGACUGCAUCUUCAGGAGCAAAGUGAACAGAAAGCAACCUUAAACAUUUUGAUCUUGCAGUGUGGAGCUGGGAGAGAAUCCGCCGGGUGCACAAGUGGCCUUUGAAUGAGCUACCUGGUUUCUGACCACUUUUGUGAUCAGAAGUCCUUGAACUUACAAGGGAUCUUGCUAGGGUAACUGAUGAGGUAGGGAUGAGAUUUUGUCCUCCUAAUACCUUCCAGGUAACUGGCCCAAGGACAAUUGGAGUCACAUGGGUUGAACUCACAGCCCACAUGUCAUUGAGGCACUGUAUUGUGGAUGGGGAGCAGGCUCUGCUAAUGAUCUAUAGAGGAUCUGGGGGUACAGUGGGAGAAGGGUUGAGAAGCAGUUUUCAGCCCACCACCUCCACUUUUAAUGCCCAGUUGGCCUUUGAGCCAGAUGCUUUUGUUACACAACCUUGCUGGUCAGCUUGCUAGUCUUAUAAGGUAUGCCAAAUGUCAACUCCAGCUCAGGGAUCUUUGCUGCCCAGUUUCAGAGCUGCCGUCACCAGAGCCUGCACUGUAGCCUUCAGCACCACAGGUUCAAGUCUAUCAGAGAGAACAUCCUCCAACUACCCUCAGUAUUACAGCUGUCUCACAGGACAGGGCCUGGCAGCUCACUUCCAACCCGCAGGUAGGGCACCUUGCAUCAGCCACAGACCUUCCUCCACACUCACCUAACGUCUUCCCCGCCAUGGAUGGACUGCAGGACAGCUGCCACUCAUCUCUGCAUCCAGGUGAGGGGAGCUGAUGUCCGUGAGUGGUGAUGGGAAGAGCAGGUGAGACAAUCUCAGCAUCUCCCACCACUGAAGGCCAGGCUGGCUGCCAGUUCUGUGUCAAGCAGGCCUCAAGCAUGGCAGGUGCUUCUCAAACUGGGCAGUAAACGUCACCCUCCACCCCCUCCUGCUUUACUCAGCACGGCAUACCUGUCGUACCAUGCGUUUCAGUUGUUUAUUGUAAGAAUGGAAGCCCAAUGGGGCAGGGACUUGUGUCUUUUUGAAAGCCCAGACUGUACUUGUGCAGACAUCAAUAAACAUUUCUAUGGAA